CAACGCAGAGUGAUCAAUGCGCUCGUCACCCGUGUGCUGUCGCCAUAUUGUUGAGAAAGCAUUUGGCAUGUCGACCAAUUUUGUCUAAAUGUUUUUAGUGUAUAACACGUAAAGUACAAUUAAACUGAACUCGUAAGACCAGGAAAGAUGCCGUUGUACUUUCAACGACCGGAAAAUGCUCUUAAAAGAGCGAAUGAGUUCAUCGAUGUGGGCAAGAAGCAGCGUGCGUUGGACGCCCUCUACGAUGUCAUCAAGAGCAAGAAGCAUCGGACGUGGCAGAAGAUCCACGAGCCGAUCAUGGAGAAAUACCUUGAGCUGUGCGUCGAACUCAAGAAGAGUCACAUCGCCAAGGAAGGCCUGUACCAGUACAAGAUCAUCUGCCAACAGGUGAAUGUGAAGUCGUUGGAGGAUGUGGUCAGAGGUUACCUGAAGCUGGCGGAGGACAAGACGGAGGAGGCGCGUAAUGAGUCUCAGGCGAUCGCCGGCGACACAAACUGGGUCAGCGACUUGGUCGACGAUCUAGACAACCUGCAGACGCCCGAGAGAUCGGAAACUUGGAGGGGGCGCCGACAAGGUCAUGACGCGUCUUUCCCACCCGAGUUAUCUCGUUUCUCACCGUCUCAUGUCUCGUGUCUCGCACGUCUCAUCGCCGACCUCUCUGCGCAGGUUCGCAUCGACCACCGCACGCAGACGCUGUCGUUCGGCAUGGACCUGGUCGUGUCGCAGCGCGAGGACGUUCCCGAGGGACCGCACCUGCAGAGCAUGCCCAGCGAGCGCAUACGCAGCCAGCUGACGUGCAUGGCGCGCGCUCUCCAUGCCGCCAUCACGCGCAUACAGCCCAAGGACGACAGCCUGGAGGAGCUGAGGGUGCAGAUCGUGCAGAGCUACCGCAACACGAACAAGAAGGAGCACCGGCGCAUCCUGGAGCGUCGCAGCGUCAUCGAGCGACGCAAGGAGAUGCUCGAGGAGAUCAACAUCCAGCGCUGUCUGGACUCUGGAGACAGCAGCAGCCUGGAGAAGCAGCGCAAGCUUGCGGCGUUGCUCGACCUGCCUCAGCCGCCGACGCGCGCCGGACUCAUCAAGGACCUGGUGAAGUACAACGUGGUGCAGUUUGUGCCGCCGCAGCUGCAGGAGCUGUACCGCUGGACGGAGGUGGAGUUUCACCCGCUGAAGCUGUGCGACCGCGUCUCGCAGUGCCUCUCUUACGUCGAGACGUUGGAGGAGACCGACCUCCAGCAGUACGUCGUCGCGCUGCACGACAUCGCCAUCAUGAGGUUGCUCAAGCAGACGUCGGAGGAGACGGACCUGCAGCAGUACGUCGUCGCGCUGCACGACAUCGCCAUCAUGAGACUGCUCAAGCAGACGUCGGAUAAGACGGACCUGCAGCAGUACGUCGUCGCGCUGCACGACAUCGCCAUCAUGAGACUGCUCAAGCAGCAGUACGUCGUCGCGCUGCACGACAUCGCCAUCGUGAGACUGCUCAAGCAGACGUCGGAUGAGACCGACCUCCAGCAGUACGUCGUCGCGCUGCAUGACAUCGCCAUCAUGAGACUGCUCAAGCAGGUGGACCUCCUGGCGCGCGCGUACAGGGUAGAGGAGGUGCCCCUGCUCACGCAGCAGUCUGUGGACCACCUGGCGCGUGCGUACAGGGUAGAGGAGGUGCCCCUGCUCACGCAGCAGGCCGAGGAUGAAGCCGAGAACGACAAGCAGUUCUGGGAGCAGGAGGAGGCCGAGCGCAUCGCCGCCCUCGUCGACGACCACCAGAUGGCGCUCACGCACGGCAACCGGCUGACGCGCAUGGAAAGCGACAAGCAGGAGUUCAUCGACAACCUGAAGAAGGCUCGUCAGAACGUCUACAAGGAGAGGCUGGUGGAGUUUGAGAAGAAUCUGAAGCAGGAGCGGCAGCUGCGUCAGCACGAGAGGAAGGAGAAACGCAAGGUAGAGCGUAGGCUUGCCGCGCAGAAGGAGAAGGAGGAGAUAAGGAGACGCGUGGAGGAGGAACGCCUUCGCAAAGAGCGCGAGGAGAGGGAGAUCGCCGAGGCUGAGAAGAAGGCGCGCGAGCAGGCGGAGUGGGAGGAGAAGCAGGCGAAGCUGGAGGAGCAGGCGGAGAAGCAGCGUCAACGCGAGGCGGAGGUCGAGGAAAGACUCGCCGCGCAGGAGCGAGGGUUGCGCGCCGGCGGAGGAGGAGGAGGAAGACUCGCCGCGCAGGAGCGAGGGUUGCGCGCCGGCGGAGGAGGAGGAGGCGGCGGAGGAGGAGGAGGAGGGGAGGACCGCCCGCCGUGGAACCGCGACGGAGGCGGCGGCGGAUGGAGGGAUCGCGAGCGCGCAAAGGAGGACCGCUGGAGGGAGCCACCGCAGCCGGGCGCUGACCAAGAGGGCGGAGAGGAGGCGCAGGAGCCGUCCGACUGGAGGGAGAGGCCGCCGCCGGGCGAGGACGAGGGCAAGAGGCGUGAGGAGCGCAGGCCGCCGCCGCCGCCGCGCGACGAGGAGACCUGGAGGCAGGGCGGGCCCGCCGCGCCGACACCGCGGACAGAGGCCGCCCUGCACUCGCCAGCCGACGACCGGGGGCCCGCCGCAGUCCUCGCGACGAACACACAAGGGACGGGCCGGCGUGGCGCCGCCGGCCGCCCCCGCGACGACCGCUUCGGCCGGGACGACCGAUUUGGAAACGACGAUCGCUUCGGGCGGGACGACCGCGACGACCGGGCGGACACCUGGCGUCGCGGCGGCAUGGCGCGCGACGUGCGGCUCGACGAGAGAGGCGGAGGCCCGCCCGUGACCGAGCGAGGCGGGUCGUCGUGGCGACGAGGCGGCGACGACAGGGCCCCGCCGCCGCAGCGAGAUUUCGACGACGGGCCGCCGCGGGGGCGAGACGAUCGCGGUCCUCCGAUGGGAGACAGGGAAGGGUCGUCGUGGCGACGGGGCGGCGACGACAGGGCCCCUCCGCCGCGGGACUUCGAGGACAGGCAGCAGCGAGGGAGGGACGACAGGGGUCCCCCCAUGGGAGACAGAGGAGGGUCGUCGUGGCGACGCGGCGGCGACGAUAGAGGUCCCCCGUCCAGAGAUUUCGACGACGGGCCGCAAAGGGGCAGGGACGACAGAGGCCCCCCGAUGGGAGAGAGAGGAGGGUCGUCAUGGCGACGCGGCGGCGACGACAGCGGUCCUUCUCCGCGGGACCGGGACAUGGACGACGGCGCGCCGCCCCGCGGCAGGGAGGAGGAGAGCUGGAGGAGAGACGGACCGCCGAGGGAGAGAGACGGACCGCCGAAGGAGAGAGACGAUAGAGGUGGCCGCGACGACGCCUGGGGUCGGAGGGACGACCGCAGGAUACCCGCGAGGGAUAUUCGGAAGCUGGAACCUGCCGGGGACAGAGUACCCCAGAAGAUGGAGCCACCGAGGCCCGCUCCUGCCGACGGCGCCGAGGACGUGGACGAUGGGUGGACGACCGUCAGCGGUCGCCGCUAGGUGGCGCUCCUUCGUCGUCGGCGAACCGGAGACGCACGCCGUUUUGCGGAACAAGCUUGGAUUUUUGCGCGCGAAUUCUGUAGUUUUUUCUGUUUAAAUAAUUGAACAUCUCGGAUGUUCAGUGGUCUGACAUUGAGUUUUUGUUUCACCCGGCGUCAUCAUUGUCAUCGAUUGCACCUCAGCACGCACAACUCCUUCCCUCAUUGCCUCCUUUCCCCUCCGUCCCUCCUUCCUUCCUUCAUCUCUCACUGCCUCAUCAUCCCAUGAUCACAUAUAUGAUGAAUUAAUUAAUGAACUGACACGUAUCAAAAGUGUCUUAAUUCUUAACUUUAAGUACGUGGCAAGCGGAAACGUGAUUGGUCUGAAGGUGUCGGGGGCAGUGGACUGCAAAGUAUCGCUGAAACUCUACUGAGUCAGCAACUUGCCAAGCUUGGAUCCCUCUCUCGAUUUUUUUCCACGGGUCCUCAGGACUAACCAAGGUUUUCCCUCCAAGCAUCCUUGACCUUGUUAUCAUUUACCUCAGUUUCUGUGCCCUUGACUUUGACCUCGUUUUCCGUGCCCUUGACUUUGACCACGUUUUCUGUGCCCUUGAACUUGACCUCAUUAUCUUUGACCUUGUUCUCUCGGUGUCGUUCGCGAGAUCAACCCAGUCGUUCUUCGACGGCCAAUGGCGAUGUCGACGGGCAAUGGCGAUGUCGACCCCAAUGGCGAUGUCGACGGCCAAUGGCGAUGUCGACGGCCAAUGGCAAUGUCGACGGCCAAUGGCGAUGUCGACGGCCAAUGGCGAUGUCGACGGUCAAUGGCGAUGUUAACGACCAAUGGCGAUCUCGACGGCCAAUGGCGAUGUUAGAGACGACCAACGGUGAUGUCGACGGCCAAUGGCGAUGUUGACGGCCAAUGGCGAUCUCGACGGCCAAUGGUGAUGUUAGAGACGACCAACGGCGACGUUGACGGCCAAUGGCGAUGUUAGAGACGACCCCGCGUCGGCCGCCGCUGAGUUCGUGAUGGCGUUUCCGAUCAUUCGAUCAGAAAAUAAUGAUGGACGUCAAUCACGAGGUCGAGAUCGGCGGCCGCGCGAAGUGGACGGAUUGCUUCGCCGUGAGCGCGCCGGUAAACCCGGGCCGCUAACGAACGCACGACGAACGACUAGCGGAAUGACAUGCGAUCGCGGCGGUCCAACUGAGAGUUACACAAGCCCCGCUACUAACCUUACCGUUACGAAUGCUCUGCAAUGCCUGCUGCGUAGCGCGAUAUUUCUUGCCGUCUGUAAUAGCCCCUCCAUCCCACCAAGGCAGGCGAGAAGAGAAGGUGUUGUAUCGUGUUUGCCAUAGUCCGGUCGUGUUGUGGAGCCGCGUGCAUUGAAUCUGUGUGCACGGCACGCAACAUGUGGGUUUGUAAUGUGAUACGACGACACGGAACGUGUGGGUUUGUAAUGUGAUUCGACGACACGCAACGUGUGAGUUUGUAAUGUUGUUCGACGACACGGAACGUGUGGGUUUGUAAUGUGAUACGACGACACGGAACGCGUGGGUUUGUAAUGUGAUACGACGACACGGAACGCGUGGGUUUGUAAUGUGAUUCGACGACAUGGAACGUGUGGGUUUGUAAUGUUUUUCGACGACAUGGAACGUGUGGGUUUGUAAUGUGAUACGACGACAUGGAACGUGUGGGUUUGUAAUGUUGUUCGACGACACGGAACGCGUGGGUUUGUAAUGUGAUACGACGACACGGAACGUGUGGGUUUGUAAUGUUGUUCGACGACAUGGAACGUGUGGGUUUGUAAUGUUAUUCGACGACACGGAACGUGUGGGUUUGUAAUGUGAUACGACGUCUCUGUAUUACGACACCGUAAAGGUCACGUCGAGGGGCCGGGUUAGAUGAGACGAGCAAUUCUACAUUAACAUGAUGAUAUCAGGAGGUCGAUAAGAUAGAUCUGUCUAAUUGUCUCACUCAUGAUGAUGUAUGUAUGACUCAGUAUGCACAGGUUCAUGGUAUUAGGAAACAAUGGGUAUAUACCGUGUGGCGUUAUGUGGCCGAUUGUGUUCUAUUAAAUUUUGCUGCCACUUGAAAUCGGCUUAAUAUCCUGUUAUUAUUAUACGAGUGGUGUUUUGUUCAGCUACCGUAAAACAACGCUGUCCAAAUUGCACCUAUAUUCAAUUACGUAAUUCUGAUGCAAAAAAAAUUGGUCGCGCCUGCAGUCAGUAUAUUUGCUGCUAGUUUAGGAAAGUUUAUUAAUGGUGCAAUUAAGAAGGAUUUUUUUGGCAAAUAAUAAUAAAUAGGCUGAUUCAGAGA